UGCGUGUGUGCGCGCGUGCGUGUGUGUGUCUGGCGCGAGUUUGGCCCACGGUCCAAUAGCUUCUUAGUAAAUUCGAUCUGGCUAGCUAGCUAGCUUAUUAUUUUUUCAACCAAAAACCAGGUUGUGUGACUGCGCUUUUUCUAGGUAGUAAUAGCUAGCUAUAUUUGACAACUGGUUAUCAACUAUUACUACCAUGGCCUGUGAACAACGUUUGCGGACUGCUCAGGGCACCCAGUUGCUGCCAAAUGUAGUUUCAACAGAGCAGCAGUCCUUGAUUGUUGUGAAGAAACUGCUGGCCAUUGCAGUCUCCAGCAUCACUUAUCUCAGGGGUCUUUUCCCAGAAAAAGCUUAUGGGAGAAAAUAUGUUGAAGAGCAGAAAGUUAUGAUCCUCAGGGAGGAGCGCACCUGCCCUGGUGCCAGUCAGAUUGUACAGUGGAUGCAGGGAUGCUUUGAUGCCCUUCAAAGAAAAUACUUGCGGACGGUCGUUAUGUCUAUAUACACAGACCCAGAGAAUCCAAAGAAGGUUACUGAAUGCUACCAGUUCAAAGUCGAAUACACUGAAAAGGGACCCAAAAUUGACUUUGAAAGCAAAAACAGCAAGAAUCUGGGAAAGAUGGCUUGCAGCAACACAAAAAAGUCCAGCAUCCUCCUGGUGCGUAAACUCUACACACUGAUGCAGAACCUGGGUCCUCUGCCAGACAAUGUCUGUCUCAACAUGAAACUCUCCUACUACGACGACGUCACUCCCCAGGACUACCAGCCCCCAGGAUUCAUGGAGGGGGACUGCGAUAGCAUGCAGUUUGAGAAGGAGCCUGUCAAUCUGACCAUGGGCGAGGUGGUCACUCCCUUCCACACCCUGAAGGUGGACGUGACCACAGAGAGAGAAAGGCUGGAGCAGGUUGAUGACGAGCAGCCCAUAUGCGUGAGGGACAAGUGGGAACUGAAGAUGGAGGAGGGGGGGACAGUGACCAAGAUCAGCAGUCAGCAGACUCGCAUGAUAAAAGUAAUGGAAAAUCCAGACGACGACCUUUACUUGGACAAUUCAGAGGUCCAGGUGAACUGCCAGGAGAAUAUGAUGUGUGAGGAGAGCACAGAGAACUCUCAGAUGGACACUUUGGUAAAGAGGACCUCUGACCUGGAAGUGGCCAUUAAGAGAACCAGGAGCGGACGCGUCACCAGGUCCACCCUGGAGAGAAAGGCUGAGACUGAGGUGCACAGCAUCAGCAAGAAGAAGCCCUCUCCCAUCGAAGACAAAAUGAUAUCGCAGUUCGAGUUCCCCUGCAGUCAGGAUGUCCAGGCCUCUGUGCAGAAGAAACGCAAGUUCAGCGAACCCAAGGAACGCUUCUGACCUUUCCACCUAACCUAUAAGACACCUGUCAAGACCAGAAUCGAUUUUCUAAUUUGCCUGGGCAAAAUCUCUAUGCCUUUUUAGUUGUGUGACUAUUUUAAAGGAAAGGUGUAGUGCCCACCGCCAACACCAAAAUAUGACCUCUGCAUUCUGUCGUUACAAUGGAAAGGACAAAGGAAAUAGUUAUUUCUAGUCCACCUUGUUGUUUACGUUUAUUCUUUUGUUUCCGUUGUUGAGUUACAUGCUAAUGUGUGAUGUGGAGACUGGGGAAAAUGUAUUUUCUACAAUUGUAUAUUAGGGUCUGCGAAGUGCGAAACCCACAGUUUUAUUUAUUUCAAAGGAUUACAUAUUUUUUUAUGUCAAUAUAUUUUUUUACGGUUUGUCUUCUGAUUACCAGUAACUUUACACUGUGCAAAAUGGUGUUUAUAUUUUAUAUUGUUAUCAUUUAUAUAGUAUUAAUAUACAGUACCCUCCUGUUGUAAGUUAUUUUAUU